AUGCCUGGCUUCCCUUCUUCUGAGCAGUUCAGCCUGUCCUUCCGUCCGAAAGGAGCCAACCAGUUAAACGGCACAACACCACAGUCCAACACCUUCGCGCACAGCAACUCAGAUGCGCGGCCUACAUCCGAACAGCAUGUAGAUCACGAGCAGGUGUUCCAAGAUGUAUCCUGGCUUGCAGCUCGACCCAGUGAUCAGAGGACUCUCACAGAUGAGAUGGACCUUAAGGAAGCGAGACGGCUGAUCUGUGUUGAACUCGCGAACGCCGCUGCGCGCGGUUACACACGCAGGGGCGCCAGGAUCUCAAAGUGUCGCCGGAAGGAAAAGCUCGGCCGCGGUAGCCGACCGCGCAACGAACGAUCCGAUGGAGACGGCCUCGACGAUCUAAACCGUCUCCUCUCGACAGUAACCUACGAUCCUCACCCGAACGAGGGAUUCGACGGAGAUGGCCUCGACGACCUGAAUCGUCCGAUCACAACGACCGAGCAAUCCGUGGAUGGAAUCGCCGGUGAGAUGGACAUUGAGUGGGGUGGCAUGCGCGAUGCCAUAGCGACAGAGAAUGAAUGGACCAAUGCGUCCGAUGCUGAGCGCGCAGCCCUCGAGAAGGCCAUACGCGCAGCCCGGAGUCAUGGUGACUGGUUCUCCCGAUUCGACCCACAAGCAGUCGAACAGCUUGCGCAAAUCCAACAAGACCUUCUCCAGAAUGACGCAAAGUACAGUCCAUCUUCUCAAGUACAGGCUACAUUGGACCCAUCCCAACAAGAGCAGGGCAUGUCGGCGUUCGGAGGCAGCGAUGAAAUUGCUGGAGCCGGCAAUGCGAUGGAAAUUGACUGA